AUGAAGCCUAAUGCAAUUCUACAACUGUCUGCUUUACCAGUGUGUGAUGCCCCUCUGGCUGGAGGCGGGGUUGCCAGGGUUUCAUGUGUUGCAGCUGCGGAGGAGCAGGCGGAGCGUCAUCGCAACCGGGAACAGCUGACGCGGUCCCCGGAAGCAUUUAAGAUCCGUCAACAGCAGUCGUCGGGGUGGCUGAACCCUCCGUACAAUGAUAGGGAGAAUAAAGAGUGUUACUCCUGUAAACAACCCGGUGUCUCCCUUGUCUGUGUCGUGGCCUGUGUGGCAGAGGGUAGCCUCACUCUCUGGGUGUCAGCACACCUGAUUCGGGGGAGCCAAUCACGGUGCGCGGGGCCCGGUAAAAGUGACGGGGAAGCGUUUGGUUCCCCCUUGACAUCAAGCACGGCUUCCGCCACGUUUGCGGACGCUGCUCCCCUCCUCCUGUACGGAGGUUCGUCUCUGGUGCGCGCUGCCGGCAGCUUGCCUCCUCCCACCCUCCAAGUGGAAUGCUUGGAAUGCCCGACUGAUCGGAGACUGUUGGCCGGGUCGGCGGAACGCUGCCACUCCAUAUGGGCCACUGCUGUUUUGCCUAGGAUUGUUUUAACCACUGCCGUGGCACUGUUGAGCGUCCACAAACGCUAUUUACGCCAAAGCAACUGCGUCGGCUGUGGCUGGUCUCGGCCCGACCGGGCACCGGGCCGAGCCAACACUGUGCCUCUGCGGCGCCAUUUAGCUCCCUUUGAGUGCUCGCAGACCAAGGUGGCGGGAGUGGCGCUUCUGUAACCCCUUGAGAUGUCUCCUUUUCAAUGAAUCUCCCUGGAGCUGGGCAGGCUGGUAGCAACUGUUUAUUCUGCAUUCAUACAAAGGGACAGAGGACGUCGGCAGCUUCUGUGGGCAACGGCGCGUGCUCCACUCUCUUGAGGAAUCCCGAGUCGCUCUCGUUACCCAUUUCAAUACAGUCACAUUAAAUAAUAUACAAAACAGUGAACUAAAGAAAAAGUGAUCGUAUAGUGGAUUUACAUGACAAUAAAAUAAAUGAAACGGAACAGAAACUGUCUUUCUUAACUAAUUAAUUAUUCAUAUUUAUAACAAUUAAAUAAGAGUAAUAAUAACACACUCAUAAGAACAACACACUGUAACAUACCUGCAUUCAUACAAAGGAACAGAGGUCGUCAGUUUCUGUGGGCAACGGCGCGUGCUCCGUUUAGAGACGGAGCCACGUUUGUGUUAGCUAGGUUAGCUACUAUUAACAUUUAUGACUGGCGACGAAACAUAUAAAACUAAUACAUAACCUAAUGAAAACAUGAUGAAUACAAUCUAAGACAAUUACUAAACAAACAAAUAAAGCCAGCUCACUUUUAAUUCACUAUUCCUAUCUAUUACCCCGAUAUAGCCCACAGACCCGUUCAGACAGACGUUACCUCUUGAGGAAUCCCGAGUCGCUCUGGGGAUCCCCCACAAUCCCUUGCGUCUUGAAAUGAAAUGCAAGUGCACCUUAACCACAGCAGGUGGCGUAAAUUCCAUUUAUCUGGAUUUAAUGCAGACCAGAUUGACUAUGUUACACUUCCGGGAUUUGGGGUCUCCCUUUGUCUGUUGUGUUUUUAAGUUAUCUCCAGUGCGGACCCUCACGUGUGUUUGUGUGAGUGUGCUGAGGGCGUGCACGAGUGAUUGGGGUGCUUACUUUUCUUUUGGGACCCCACCCGCGCUGGUCUACCUCGCCCGCCACCGGUCAGUCCCCGCCCUACACCUUUAUCUUCAGUAACGGCCCUUUUUAUUAUUAUCUUGCAUUUUAUACAUUGUGUGAUCGAAUAAAUAUUGUAUAUGGAUUGGAACCACGUCUCUCGCUCCCUGUGUGUAUAAGGAACCAGCAUGUCCUCCCAGUCUGAGGACUGGGUUCACUACUACUGUUACCACACCUAGGAGCCGAGUCUUGACAAGUGAAGCGCAUGAACUCCACUGCAGAAUGAAUUCUCUAGUGUGAAUGGCUCCAGCUCAGGUGUAAUGCGCAUCGGCAGGUUUGCGUUAUAUUACGUCUACUGUAUGAAAUGUCCUUCAAGUCACUGCGCUGCAUUUUUUAAAUAAAAUUAAAAUGUUGAUCACA